AUGAUUACUUCUCCUUCGAUCAUUGAGAUUCGUCAUUCUUUACCGGUGCCGGUUAACCGGAACCCGAUAUGGCUCCGACUCAUCAAGAACUAUCUUCCGGAUCAGAAAAAGAUCCGAGUAGGUCUUCUCAACAUCGAAGAAAACGAACGAGAGAGCUUUGAGGCGACCGGGCCGUUCAUCCUUGAGAAUGUCCACGUGUCGCUCGAUCCUCUUCCGAAGAAUCUGACGUGGGAGAGUCUUUUUCCGGUGUGGAUUGACGAGGAUCACACGUGGAACGCGCCAAUGUGUCCAGAGGUACUUCUCCCUCGAGUUGAUGCUGACGUGGAUGUCGUCGUGGUUAAAGUGCCGUGCGAUGGUUUCUCGGAGAAUAAAGGUUUGAGAGACGUUUUCAGGCUACAGGUGAAUCUUGCGGCGGCGAAUCUUGCGGUGGAGAGUGGGAGGAGGACCGUUGACCGGACGGUAUACGUUGUAUUCGUCGGGUCGUGUGCGCCUAUGCAUGAGAUUUUCCGGUGUGACGAGCGCGUGAGGCGCGUGGGAAAAUACUGGGUGUAUAGGCCUGAUCUUUGGAGGUUGAAGCAAAAGCUUCUCAUGCCUCUUGGUUCGUGUCAGAUUGCACCACCGGUUGCUCAACUAGUUGCUAGAGGUCAAGAAGUAUGGAGACAACACAGGAACGAAAGUCUCACAUCCAAAAUGGCGUUAUCAUCAUCAUUCGGUUCUCAACGUGUCGCUUACGUGACGGUACUCCAUUCAUCGGAGGUCUACGUAUGCGGAGCAAUAGCCCUAGCACAAAGCAUAAGGCAAUCUGGCUCGAGGCAAGACAUGAUACUCCUCCACGACGACUCUAUAACAAAUAAAUCUCGCAUUGGCCUAAGCCUCGCGGGUUGGAAACUACGGCGUAUAGAGAGAAUCCGUAGCCCUUUCUCCAAGAAAGGUUCUUACAAUGAGUGGAACUAUAGUAAGUUACGUGUGUGGCAAGUCACUGACUACGAUAAGCUAGUGUUCAUAGACGCAGAUUUCAUCAUUGCCAAGAAUAUCGAUUAUCUUUUCUCCUAUCCUCAACUUUCGGCCGCUGGUAAUAACAGAGUCUUGUUCAACUCCGGAGUCAUGGUUCUUGAGCCAUCGUCUUGUCUGUUCGAGGAUUUGAUGCUCAAAUCAUUCAAGAUCGAGUCUUACAACGGGGGAGACCAAGGAUUUUUGAACGAAGUUUUUGUGUGGUGGCAUAGGUUAUCGAAACGUGUGAACACGAUGAAAUACUUUGGUAAAGAAAUCAACAAGGACAAAAACCGCCACCUUCCGGACAAUUUAGAGGGGAUACAUUUCUUGGGGCUAAAGCCAUGGCUAUGUUAUAGAGACUAUGAUUGUAAUUGGGACUUGAAAACGCGGCGUGUGUAUGCAAGCGAGUCGGUAAAUGAGAGAUGGUGGAAAGUAUAUGACAAGAUGCCGAAGAAGUUGAGAGGUUAUUGUGGUUUGAGUCGUAAGAUGGAUAAGAACAUUGAGAGGUGGAGGAAAAUCGCUAAGCUCAAUGGUUUACCUGAAAAGCAUUGGAGAAUUCAAGUAAGAGAUCCAAGGAAAAAGAACCUUCUUGGUUGA